GUGUACUUGCUACUCUGUAACUCUGUAUCUCUGUUACUGUGUUUGGUCCUCUGAGAGAGAGAGAGAGAUUUUACAAAUUUCUUUUUAUUUUUGUUAAUUUAAUUAAAAAAAAGGCACAUACAAUUUGCAGCCAUUUCUUAUUUAUGCACCACCUUGCCUCGUUUUGCGAAACUGCGGAUUUGAAUAAGGAAGUCUCCUCGUUCCUUUCCUUCUCUCUCUCUAUCCUCUAGUAUAUUUGUGGGCAACGGCUUCUCCUUCAGUCUUCCCCUUUUGCGCUUCAUUUUCAGUUCAAAAGUUGAAACCUCUUCAACUCUUUCAUGGUACUGAAAUUCACACCCACCUGAAGAAAAAGAAGAGAAAGAAAAAAAAAAAGAAGAGAAAUUCUGGCUUUUUUCCUUGUCUUUUUAUAUAUAAGAUCGGUUAGCAUCGUUUUCUUCGUUUGUUAGAAGCUAUAGCAGAGAGUGCUUUGCUUAUAUCAGUUGCAGAGACUCUGAUGAUGUCUCAAAAGCCUUUGCACCAGCUCCUGCAAGAGGAUCAAGAACCAUUCUUGCUCAAGAACUACAUUGCUGACAAACGUUGCCAGCUCAAGAAACCCUCUCCAAAAACUCACUUGCAAAUCAAGAAACGAAAGCCCAUUUCCGAUACCGCGUACUUCCCUCACAAUUUCUGCAAGAAUGCUUGCUUUUUAUCUGUUAACAACUCCCCAGACCUCAGAAAGUCACCUCUCUUUGAGUUUCAAUCUCCUUCCAAAAGCCCCUGCAAAAGCCCAAAUGCCAUCUUCCUCCAUAUCCCUACUAAAACCGCAGCACUUCUUCUUGAAGCUGCCCUCAGGAUCCAAAAACAGUCAUUAUCACCAUUAUCUCCAAAAGCCAAAAACAACAAUGGGUUUGGUUUAUUUGGGUCCUUAAUAAAGAGAAUAACUCAUCGUAAUAAAACCCGAACGCGAGAAAUCACUAGCGAUGGGGUUAAAGCUUCGGUUAAGGACAUUCGAAGGUGGGGCUCCUCUCUUAGCCGUAGAAAACUAUCCAAUGAAAGAGAAAGCAAGCGAGAGCAGGAGAUUAUGGUUAAUAUACACAAGAAGAGUGAUUGUGAGAUGGGUUUUUCUUGCUCUUGCAAUGGGAGGCCAAGCAGCGCGGUUUGGUCAGAGACCAAUGAAGAGAAGUCCUGGGAUUUGGAUUUAGAGACCUCAAGUAGUAGCCAAUCUGAGGAGGAAGAGGACUGUGUCGGAAAUUUUGAGUUUGUUAACAAACUAAUAGAUGUUGAAGGGAUUGAUACUGAUUUUGCUUCUUAUGACAAUCACACUUGUGAAAAUCUUUUUCAUUUUGUUCUUCGAGGAAGCCCUUCCACUGGUCACGGGACCCCGGAUUUCCCCUCUCCGGCCACGUCACCUAGUCACCAUAAAACAGAGGAUAAAGAGAAUAACGAUGUAGAAAGCUUGAUGAACUUCCAAGUAAAGCAAGAAACUAAAGAAGAAGAAGAUAAAGAACAGUGUAGUCCUGUUUCUGUAUUGGACCCCCCUUUCGAAGACGACGACGAUGGGCAUGACGAUCAGAGCGAGGACAACGGUUUUGACAUUGAAUGCAGCUAUGAAAUUGUACGAAGAGCAAAGCAGCAGCUGUUGCAAAAACUAAGUAGAUUCGAGAAACUGGCGGAGUUGGACCCAGUUGAACUUGAGAAAAGAAUGCUGGAGCAAGAAGAAGAAAUUGAUGAUCAAGAGGAAGAAGUGGAAGGCGAAGAUGAUGAGCUAGAUUUAUCCGACGGGGAACAAAACAUUGACAGGUUUAUCAUCGAAGAACUUAGAAAAACAAGCUUCUGUCGUCUAAGAAAAAUCCCAAGAGACAUGAAGAGAUUGGUUUCUGAUCUCAGUAACGAGGAAGAGCAAGAGCAGGAAUACUUUGCUGAUAGAGAAGCAGUGGUUAAAAGGGUCUGCAAGAGGUUUGAAUCAUGGAAAGAGGUGGAAUCAAACACCAUUGAUAUGAUGGUGGAGCAAGAUUUUAAAAGAGAAGAAGUUAACGGGUGGAAAAGGUACCAAGAACAGGUAGGAGAGACAGCAUUAAAGAUUGAACUAGGAAUCUUUGGAUUAUUAGUGGAGGAGUUGUCUGAGGAAUUAGUUGGCUGAACUGGGAUCUAAUGAGGAAACCAAAUUUUGAAGCUCAUAAUGUUAUUUGAAAUAAAUUUUGGUUCAACUUUCUUUGAUUUUUUGUUUUUAAAUUUCCUUUUCUAAAUUAAAUAUUAAUUAGAGUAGAAUAGUCUAACAUCCACCAUGAAGGGAUAGGCAAAUUGGAAAGAUGAUCCAAGGCAAACAAGGAUCUGGGUUAGAUGGUAGAGCAUGGUCUUAUGCAUGUAAAUUUAUCAUGUAAGAAAUGGGGAAUUUGCAUUGUGCA